CGGCCUAGGAGCUGGGGAGAUUGUUUUAUUCGGCCUCAAGGGCGAUACCGACAAGGGAUGGACUGCAGUGUUAUACAAUCCGAGCCUUCAGUAGGGGCUGGUAGCUCAAGGCUACAGCGGAGCCACGUCCGUAUCUAGACGCUUUCGAUUCUUUUUCUGAUCCUCGGCAUGUGCCAACAUCUUCAUAUCUUAUCGGACUUGUAAAUGUCACUUGUGCAUCGGAAGAAUUGUAGUACCAGUACGUUUGUGUCAUCAUCCUCAGCGCGCGAUGUCAGCUAUAAGUUUCAGUAUCUGGCUUAUUUUCCACGUGAUCGCGUCCGAAAUCAGUGAUCUAAUCUCAGCUCUUGACCCUGAUGCAGGCUGAGUCCGAAGACCGUUCUCUUGCUCCCGAGCAUCCCAUCCCCAACAGACACUUCUUUUCGGUUGAAUAUCCUGGCUAUGUCCGUCAAGAAUCCGUGCCUAUCGCGAUACAAAAUCUUGGUGGGCAAGCCGCGCACUCGACAAUGCUUUCAAACGCAGGGCGAAGACGGAACCCGCGACCUUGGAGCUGAAACUACGUCCUGGGAACCCUUUCGCGCACCCAUCCCCGGAGAUGUUGUCUCGACGAAUAGCCUUGUCCUCAAAAUCGUGAAACGCCGUCGGAAAAAUCGAAUGGACGACAGAGGCACGGUCGGGGAGUACACUGCCGAGAUCGUCGGUGCGGCUCCCAAAACGGUGAGAUUCAGAAGUAUGGCUGACUACCAGUACCAGCCGGACGCCAACGAUCCGGUGACUAAGCUACGGACGGCAAUGGACAUUACGGAUGGUAUCGUCGAGACCCUCCGGAGUUAUUCCAUGCCAGCUGAACGUGCUGAGUACCUUGUUCCUGUAAUGUCUCCCGAGUCCUCCAGUACGGACAUGAACGCCAUGACCAAUCUCGAUCCUGCUCUGGAACGAACGCCGGACGACGCAGAAGCUCAGCGCCAGCCUAGGCAAAGCAACUUGCGCCUGUUUCCGCCACCGCUGUUCAGUCGCCAGGCGCUUCCUCAGCCAUACAAGUAUUUUCAAGGCCAAUCCGGCAUCCAUGGUAACGUCGAUCGUCAACGAAGAAACGGAGAGGAGAAGAAACGUCUCAUCAAUAAAAUGCGCUGGAAAGGAUUCGGUCCAAUUUCGCUCUCGUUCAGCGAUCGCCAGGUGACGCACGGGCGCGCGAGCUACGUUGAACGAGGCUCUGGUCAAAAAGCUCUUGGAGGUUUGCGAUUUCUUCUCGCUGCAGAGGCCGCGAUACUCAAGGAAGGCAAGAUUUUCACGACACGACCAGUAUGGACUAGGGCAGCUCUCCUCACUCAGUUGACGCCUUCAGAGGCCAGAGAAGCCACCAACACAAAAGCAUUGCUGCCCACUGUAUGUUACGUUUUCAGCGAUGGACCAUGGAGAGACACACUUGUUCGAUUCGGUUACGAUCCCAGGCAGAAAGCGGAAUCCAGAUUCUACCAACGAGUUUAUUUCCGCAAUGUGAAUCACCCGAUUGUCAAGCCAUCUGUGAUGACGCGGCGGCAAGAUCGUUCCAUUACUGGUGGGUCCGAAUACAACAGCAUUGUCGAUGGAUCGGAGAAGGAUGCUGAACGCAAGGAAACAGCAUCAUUUCAGCUCUGUGACCUCCACGACUCUAUGCUCCAAGAGAUGAUCGAAGACGAGUCCGAGCUGAGAGAAGAAUGCGACGAACGUGACGGAUGGUACACAACGUACGCCCUCGAGAGAAUCAAGACCGUCCUUCGACACAAGUUCUUCACUACUCUGGAGGGUUAUCCGGCAACAGACGAAGAAUGCCGACAACUGCUCGUUGCGUCGGCGCAAAUGCCGAGCAGAGGCAAAGAAUUCUCGAAUCUAAGGAACGUCCGUCUCAAACUGGGCAAGCAUAACAUGGCCAAGGGAGCAUUAAGGCCGGAGGAUGCUGCGGCCUUGAGAUUGAGGGCUGCACUAGACAAGACCGCGCGCGAUCGCACCGAACCGAAGGACUGAUCGAUGUCCAUAGUUUCUUGAUACCGUGUAUUCAGCAUUGCG